AUGGCAGCUGCGGCUAUCAGCCUUGAUGACUUCAAAUCCUUGACAGCACGGCAGCUCCGCCAAGAAUGCACGUCCAGAGGAGUAAGCCUGACAGGCUGCUUUGACAAAGAUGCCAUGCUACAGAGGUUGCAGAAGGCCUUGUCGCAAGCUGGCGGUCGGCUUCCGGAGCGACGGCCGCAGGCCACAAUCAAGCACACAGACAGUUCUCUAAAUCCGCCUGUGGAGAACGUUGUCUCCGUGUCGAGUGCUGCAGAUGACCCGCGGUUGUACACUAGCGACGAUACUGCCAGAAAAGCUGCAGAGGCUGCCGUUCCAAGCACGAUUAUGGUGGAGGAGAAUGUUGCCCCGCGACAGAGUGCUGCAAAUGAUAGACCAUUAGAUGCCAAUGCCAAAGAAGCUGCAGAGGAAUCUGUGCAAGCUGCCGUUCCAAGCAAGAUUGUGGAGGAGGAGAAGGAGGAGAAGGUUGUCUCGCAGCCGAGUGUUGACACGAACGCGAAUAUCGAGGAAUCUGAGGUAUGUGGCAAGGGGGUUGGCAAGGAAGAUUUGAUCAAGGACUGGAUUGGUGAGAAGAGUUCUCUCAAGAACCUGCCAAAGUGGCGAGUUUACAGUGACAAGAUUGAGGCCGCAGCCACUCAGGGUUUAGCCAUCAACUUCUCCAAGCUCUCGGAUCGGUCAGCACUCGAGGUCAUACCCAUGAGGGCAUUGAUGAAAGAGUGUAAGCUGUUGGGUAUUGAUGUGUCAGGCCUCUACGCAAAAUGCGAGGUGAUCAAGAAGAUGGUGUCUGAGAUGAACCGAAUUGUGGUCGCUGGUAAGGAGGCAUCCUUUUUUGUUGCCCACAGUCCCCGGACUGUGGAUGAAGGCGGAAAAAAGCCUCCCAUUGACGUCCAGGCCGAGUUCUUUUUGCCUGAACCUUUGGGUCCUCCUGUUGCUUUGUCACCCUUCACCGAGCUCGGUGAGCCUCCGUCUCCCAAAAGCGAUCCUGAUCCUUAUCAUUGGCUCUUCGGGGAGCGCGUCGUAGAGGAGGCCAGCGAGCAAGCCAAGGGUUCAGACACGGAAAAUGAAGUUGAAGAAAUUAUCCUCGAGGCAAGCCCAAAAGCAGCUCCAAAGGAGCCAAGGGAGAUGUCUCAGCCUAGGGUAUCCACUUCAGCUUCAGAGGGCAUUGGUGCCGUUGGGACGGCCCAACGGCGUGCCUCCAUUUCUGAGCUGUUCCGGCUGCCACUUCCCGAGCUUCAAAUAAGGUGUGAAGCAGAGGGUAUUACAGUUGCUGCUGGGGAUGCCAAAGGGCUCCUGAUUUCAAAGUUAAAGCAAGCAAUGACUAGAUCUGUGGCACCAGCCACAGCCAAAGAAAGCAACGACUGGACGAAGGCAGCCAAGCUCGAGCCGCCAGUUGCUGCGCCAGAAGCUCCUGACAAGGUUGAGCCCUUGGAAGGACCUCAAGUCUUCCACAUGGCCUCGGAUGACGAGAGCCUCUCCGCAGAACAUUCCGAUGCGGACUUUUUCCCCGACUUUCCUGCGCCGCCUCCCGCGGAAGAGGCCGGACACAUCGCUGAAACAGGACCGACUUCGGGUGACGCAGCUCACGUGUCGCCUGGAGCCGGGGAAUCGAAGUCAGCCAGUGAGAGUAUGGACCAAGCCCAGGCCAGUUCGGAAGCAGAGGCAUUUGAAAGGACAGGCUCUUCCUCUUCCAUUGAAACUGACGCAGUGCCAGUGGCGCCAGCAGAAAAGACACAAGCACAAGGUGCUGAAUCACAAUCCAAGCAAGCGCCAGAUGCUGCUGAACCACAGCAAGCAGCUGCUCAACCAUCAUCGGCAGCAACUGAAACCACAACGACCAGCACAACAGCUGAUCAAGCUUUGGAUGAUGCAGAUGCUAAGGAUCUAGACGAGGGUGACAUGUCCAGCGAGCGUGACGGAGGAAUGUUUGACUUCGAUGAUCUGGACGAAGCCGAGGUGGGUUCCCAGCUGCCCACCUCGGGCGGUCUGCCGAUGCCCUCGCCGGACGAGCCUGCCGGGCCGGUGGAGAAGUCCCCCGGACUCGCCGAGCCGGUGAGUCAGAGCCAGUCAGUGGCUCCGAACGAGAACCAGAGCCGCAGUGACAAAGAUCCAGAUGCAUCUUCAGAGGGCUCUAAGAAUCCUUUGCUGAAGUUUACCACCAAGGAGCUCCUGGAACUCGCAAGGUCUCGUGGGGUGGAUGUCCGUGGUUGUGUGGAGAAGAGCGAUAUCGUGGACCGACUCACCCGAGCUCCACGGGUACCUCCAUCUCCGGCACAGCAAAGCCGUCCGGCACAGCAAGGCGUUCCUCCCAAGCCACCCAUGGCCAAGCCACCGACGCGGACAUCCAGCUUUCAGGCCAGCAAGCCACCUCCAAGUGCCCCUGCGCCAAAGCCUGCAGCAAAACGACCGGCGAAGGUUGCCCGUCGACCCCCUGCAAACGUGAUGCCAGAUCCUGGCAAUCAAUCGGCUCCACCCCUACGCCAUCCUGGCGAGAUUCCGGAUGGCUGGAGUGCCAGGGUUCAAACUUGGUUCGGAAGGUACCCGGGCUUUUCGGCCAUGCUGCCACCAGAAGCCGAGAUGUGGACGGACCAGGAGCUUGAUGUCUACUUUGGCAGCAAUGGGGACAUCUGGUGA